GUUAUUAUUAACUAUUAACUGUUUUAAGUUUCUAAGUAUGAUUGAUUAAUUUAUGACAGUUUCCUAUACUGCCCAAGUAACUUCCUGCCGACAGUUCGGUUGUUUCUGGAAACUAUUAUUUAGAUGGAAGGGAAGCAUUUAUAAACUAUUAUGGCCAAAUCUAAUGGUUUAUGUUAUGCUAUAUUCAACAUUAAGCUUUGGUUAUAGAUUUUUGCUGAAUGAAAAGGAAAGAACAAUAUUCGAGAAGUUUUCACUCCACUGCCAAACUUACAGUGAUCUGAUACCAGUUUCAUUUGUCUUGGGGUUUUACGUUUCUAUCGUCAUAAAGCGUUGGUGGGACCAAUACUUGACGAUACCCUGGCCAGACCCUCUUGCAGUUUUCGUCUCGGCAUUUCUCAAAGGACAGGACGAUCGAGCACGAUUGAUGCGGAGAACGAUAAUGAGGUAUGCCAACCUCUCAUUACUCCUUACGCUCCGGAUGAUGUGUCCAUCGGUUAAGAAAAGAUUUCCGACUCCUGAUCACAUAGUGGAAGCUGGCUUCCUAUUAUCGAAUGAGAAGAUAAUAUUUGAUAAACUAGAUCUCAAGACAAUUCAUCCAAAGUAUUGGAUGCCACUUGUUUGGGCAACUGCUGUUAUUUCCAGGGCUAGGAGAGAAGGAAAGAUAGGAGAUGACUUUUCUCUUAAGACCUUGAUUGACGAAAUCAACAAAUUCAGAGGAGGUUGCGGUGGCCUACUUAACUUUGAUUGGAUCAGUAUACCACUAGUGUAUACGCAGGUGGUGACAUUAGCAGUAUAUACGUAUUUUACUGGGACUCUCAUGGGCAAUCAGUAUUUAGAUCCAUCAAAAGGAUAUCCUAACCAUACGAUUGAUCUGGUUGUACCAGUCUUCACAUUGUUGCAGUUUUUCUUCUACAUGGGUUGGCUAUUAGUGGCAGAAACUCUAGUAAAUCCAUUUGGUGAAGAUGACGACGACUUUGAAGUUAAUUGGCUAAUUGAUCGUAAUCUGCAGAUUUCAUAUGUUAUUGUUGACGAAAUGCACCAAGAACAUCCGGAACUGAUAAAAGAUCAAUAUUGGGAUCAAAUUUUUCCUGCCGAGCUUCCUUAUACUGAAGCAACAAAGCAAUGCUUUGUUGAAACGUUCUUGGGAUCUACGUUUGGAGUUGAUGUACCCGAGCACAUGCAAAAUUUUAUUUUACUCUCCGAACUGAGAGAAGAUUCAAGAAAGGAAACGACGCCUGUUUCGAUAAAGAGGUCACCACAAGAGUCUGAUGACACUUUCCUGUAUACAGCUGGUUUUGAUGUCAACACCUUAGGAAGUUCUGUAUCCUUGACGAAUCCCGUUUGGACAAGACGUAAAAGAACCAGAAUAUCCCGACAUAGUAGCAUGAGCUCAAUUCCAAAACCAUAUAUUUCGGAAGACUACCAGGAUGAAAUGUUCAAAAUGUCAGAUCUUUCAUUAGCUUCAAGCAGAAAUCAAGGGAUUAAAUUGUCAUCAAUGAAAUAUGAAAUGAAUAUCAAAAGUUCGAAACAAUCUAUAAUGCAUAUAUCCAAUCAGUCACAUUUGCAAAAUAACAAGAGCAUAGUUCCAUUUUCAUUUCAAGCUAAGCGUACUAAGGGCGACAGAUUACUUGUGAACAAAAAAAAACCCAGACAACCCUUCCCUGGAGAUCUGUCCUUCAAUUUUGGCAUAGAAAAAGAACCAUUGGGAGAAUCAUCUCAAUGUUUGAUUUCAUUCAGAAAAAGGAGUAAUCCAGAAUUUUCAUAUCCUAUUCUUACAAAGUUAGGAACUCUUGAUAGUAGACAUAAUCUGAAUACAGAACAGAAUGCUGAAGUAUAUUCUAAUAAUGGAAAUGAAACAGCUUUAAAUGAUCAAACAGAAAAUAAUAAACAACCAAUUGAACAAUCCAAUAAUGGCAGAAUUUCAUUAUUAAGUUCAAAAACAAUUAAUUCAUUAAACAAUUCACAACAGUUAUAUCAAGUUGAAGAAGAAAUCAUUGAUAUGAUUCCCAAAAAAAUUGAAACUGAAACAAUGGAAGAACAAAGUAAUGUGAUUCUUCUUAAUAAACAAGGAAGUUCAGUGGGUACAUUUAAGGAAGAUAUGACAGAGUUAAGAAAUAAAUCAUUAUGUGAUAUUUAUUUUCAAUAUGAUAUGGACAAUGAAAAAACCCUUAAAAAUGAUACUGAUGUCAGAAAAAAUGAAUAUAUUAUAGAAGAUAUAAUCUCUGAAGUAAAUAACAACAAUACAGAAGUAGUAAUUGAUAUUUCAGAUGAGAAUGCGCAACAAAGGGAUGAUUGUUUUAAAGAGAAACCUGACGUAGAACCUUUUUAACAUUAUAAAUUCAGAAAACUAUGAAAACCUAUUAAUUGGACUUAAACAUGUUCAUGUAAUGAAUUAAGGUCUACCUAAUUAUUAAUUAAUGUUAAUCAUUAAUUAUUAAUUAAUGUUAGGUUAAUAAAAAAUGAAGUCAAUAUCAAUA